CAAAGUCUAAAAUUGCAUCUGACCUCUGUGUGUGCAGAGACGCCAGUUAAUGUCACCACAAUAUUUCAAUGCUUCACAAAUUCUAAUGUUUUCUUUGCCACUACCAAAGAUAUAUUUGUUGUCACAAGUCCAGCUUUUCUACUUCAGAGGCACUCAUCACUUGGAGAGGCAGCGCACAGAAAGGACACCUUUGAACAGUGAAGGCAAGCCACAGGCCAGAUUUCUGCAGGGAUUUUUGAAGAGGAAAGGGCACAAAUCAAAAAGCAUUGAAAACACUAUUUGACUGACAGACUGUUUUUACUAACCCAUGAUGAUGAUGGUGAACUGGAAUGAAGAAUGAGAAAGAAUACUAAACUGUCAGUGCCCGGGUCUACGAGACUGGUGAGAACAGCUCUUCUUAUCUGUUAAAAUUGGUGGAUCUGGCAAAACAAAAACUGAAACAAAGGCUCUCCCAAAUCCCAUCCCAACAACCUGUCAGUGCUCCCUGGAGCAGCAUUGGUGGUUUCUGACCCUGCACUGGAAUCACUCUGCUGGGAUGUUUUCUGCUCAGCGCUGGGGCCAGUUUUGCUUCCUGAACUUCAAGGGUGUCAUCCUAGUUACACAGGAAAGAAAAUGGCCUUGUUGUGAAUCCUACCAGUGUGGAGGCAGGCGAAGGCCUAAGCAUGCAUCUCCUCCUGUGCCGCUGCUGCUGGGGACACCAACACACUGCAGUCAUCCCACCACUGCCGGCCCUUUGGAUGGACCUGCUACGUUAUGUGACAUGGAUCAUUUCCAGUCAGCCUUGUAUCUGUCCAAGAUCUUGAAUAAGCCUGGGAUGGAAACUGGGAGUCAGUGGAAGAUAAGGAGCCCAGGUGUGAUGUGCUUAGAGACAGGACUGCUGAGAAGUCUGCAGGUGAGGGGAUUUUGCAAAUCAAACAAAGCUCUGAUGAGACUUCCACCUCCUUUCCAAAAAAACACCAAGACCAUGGAAAAAUUGUUUCCAAGAAGAAGACUUAUACCUUGCUCCUCAUCUGCACAGAAGCCAUUGCCCGAGAUUUAUCGUUGCAAACGCUCUGAAAGGCACCUUUUCACACAGGCCUUGGAAUCGCCCCUCUCCCUCUGCAGUGCUGCCAUGGUUGCCAGGAAGGAAGGAGCGCAAAGGCAGCUGCCUCAUCCCACUGCGCUCUGCCGGGUCCUGCUGCUGCCUCCGCUCGAUGCCGCUCACACGGGCGAAGGAGAAGAACGUGCUUACUGCGAGGGCAGAGUUGCAGAGAAGAAGGAUGGAGAAAGCUCCACUGGGAUUUAGGAUGGUGCCCACGGCAGUCAUCACCUCCUGUCCCCACCAUUACUGUUCAUUGUUGUUCCUCAUUUAUUCUCAUGGCUGCUCAGCAUUUCCUUCUGUUGACCUACACAAGCCAGGAGGGGGGAGCAUUACACAGGACACAGAAUUGCCCCCAGAUCUUGUUAAAGCUGUUCUCUGCUUUCACACAGAGCAAAAAACCUCAGGAGAGGAAAAGGGCAGCACUUGUGGAUUUUCUGCUAUAUACAGAUUUAUCAUGAUAUAUAGCAAAUGGACUGAACCAAAUGACUUAGUGGCCAAUAUAAUCAUAUCACAAAGGUAACAAGCUUCUGGCACCUGUUUAAGCUGCUUCUAACAGAAGUUGAAUGUAGCUUUCAGAAUACAUUUCUAUUCCUUUUUUUUUCCUAUGCAAAU